CUAACUGUUUCCACGGUUACUGGCUCACCAGCUGUUUAACUUGGAGUGAUGUUUUUGUUCAUAGCCUUAGCAACAGCAACAAUAGCUGAGGUAAAAAAAAAAAACUAAAGCCCUCUCUUCAGGUCAUACACUCAGACUCUCCCCAACACAAGCACAGCUAUAACCCAAGAUGCCCCUAAACGACGAGCGGCCUACCUCCACAUCCAGCGGUGAGGACCAAGGCAGCGAUGUGGAGUCGUCAUCAGAGCGCUAUGACAGCGUGACGUCGACCAGUGACUUGGACUGCUCCCGUGAGAGCUUCACUAGCGACUGCUCCAGCAAGCAUUGCACACCCUCCUCGAGCCCACCCAAAACCUUAACCCUAGAUGAAGUCAUGGAGUCUGCCAGAGAUCUGUCCAAUCUGAGUUUUGCCCAUGAGAUUAUUGUGAAUCGAAACUUCCAUCUAGAGCCAGACAGCCUACCUCAGGACAGUUUAUGGAAUGCAGUCAAACAUAAUGUCCACAAAGCCUUCUGGGACAUCUUGGAGUCUGAGCUGAACAAUGACCCUCCUGAGUAUCAGCAGGCUAUCAGGCUCCUGGAGGAGAUCAGAGAGAUCUUACUGUCAUUCCUUAAUCCAGGAGCCAAUCGAAUGAGGACCCAAAUCAUGGAGGUGCUUGACAUGGACCUGAUUCAUCAGCAGGCUGAAAACGAUGUCGUUGACAUCCAGGGGAUUGCCUCCUACAUUAUCACCACCAUGGGCAAGAUGUGUGCACCAGUAAGGGAUGAAGACAUCAAGAAGCUGCGGGAAAACACAGAAAAUGUAGCAACAAUGUUUAGAGAGAUCUUUCGUGUGCUGGACCUGAUGAAAGCAGACAUGGUCAACUUUACAAUUGAGAAUCUGAGGCCUGUGCUCCAGAGACAGAGUAUUGAAUAUGAAAGGGCAAAGUUUCAAAGCAUACUUGAAAAGACCCCCAGUGCUUUGGACCACACCACCUCCUGGAUCAAGUUAGUAGUGGAGGAGCUACAGUCGGCCUCCUUCCCCACAGAACAGCCUAACAGUGAGGGGAAAGGACAGCGAGCUGUGCCCGGGCCCUUCCAGAUCCUUAACGCUGCCUUCAUCCGCAUCCUCACAUGGGAUUAUGAUAAGAGCCCACUGCCUGAGACCUGGAUGACUGAUGAGAUACGUCUGCGAGAGAUCCAGUGGAAGCUCCAGCAGUGUCAGGCAGUGAACGAGGUCCUGCUCAUCAUCUACAGCACUGUUGGAGGGCCCAUCCAGGGUCUUCCCUCCCUGUCCGAUCGUCUGAAGCGCAUGACCAGCGUGCUGCUGGAUGGGAUGCACAGCCCCAACUUUAAUCUAGAAGAAGCACUAGAGGGUGUCAGUGCGCAGGUCUGCUGCGAGCUCAACAAGUCUUUAACAGAGAGGAACUACCCUGCACUGACCCCAGCACUGCAGGCCACCCUCACAGGCCAGAUCUGCAGCAUCACCCAAAAGGACAAUCCCAUUCGCACUCUAGUUGAGGAUCGUGUGCAGCAGUACUUCAGGAUGCUCGUCUGUGAUCCUAAACCACAGGCCAAAUUUGAACAGGUACCAUCGGGCCUGACUGCCCUCAAGCCUGAACUAGCACUGAUGGGAGCAAAGUUCAUCUCCUUGGUCAACUACAACAAGACUGUCUACGGGCCUUUCUAUGCAGAUAUCAUAAGAAAGCUAAUGUUCAGCAGCAGCAGCCCAUCACCAGGAAACCCUCCUCAGGACACCGCUCAGGAUGCUGUCACUUCCAAUUAAAGUUGACUUUUGCUCAUGCAACCUAAGGAGUUAUUUCUUCCAGUUCAGAGGUACUUAGGUAGCGGGUCAGUGCUACUGCUUUGCUUGAGCAGUGUUCUCCCAAGAGAAAAGUAGUGUCAUAGUUAACCUCUUCAGAACAUAUUACUGAGGGCACAUUUUAAAUCUGUCUGCAGCUAAACUCCUGUUAUUUUGGAGCAAUACAGAAAAAGAUCAUAGUAUGUCUAUUUUAAGCUUUAUGAAGCAGAGGGAAAUCAAAGUCUAUAUACUAAAAAAAGUAGAGACUGAGACUCUACAUAUAACAUGUUAUUAAUGUUAUGUUAUGUGUGUAGUUAAGUAUACAAUAUAACUAUGAACAAUUUUUAGCCUACAAAAUAAGAGGUGGGAUGAGUCCUUUGAGUAUUUUCCCACUUCCUUCUUUAGCAGCCAAAGAACUAGGGUUUCUCUUCAUUUAAUCUAUUAUACAGCAAACUUAGAAGUUAGGAGUUAAAAAAUGUGUGGGAUUUUAAUUCUUAUAACAGUUGUCUGCAUGAGUAGUUGUGUUGGAAUGUGUUAUUAGUUUUCACCUGAGUUAUUUGUUAAAGCAUUUGCCAGAUGUUGUGUGUGUAUAGUUUACUUGUACUUGCCAGGAAAUACUUGCUCCAUUACUUUAGGUUGUUUGUAUGCUACAUUUUGAAGUACUGUAGUUGUUACAGUAUUGUUACGUUGGCUGUUAGAACCUGUUGAAAAAGUAAAGGUGCUGAACUCUGAUUCUGUGCAACAUUUCCACCAAAAGAAUUUGCACAAAGAAAAGCUGUUAUGUACUUAAAGGUUUACGUAAAAUGUCAGAAGUUGUUUUUUUUCUUCUGUAUUUCAGUUACAAUAAUAAAAUGAAAAAACAAGCUGUGUUAAAAAAUUGUGUCAGUAUGAUUUCAAAGGUCCUAUGUCAAGCAUUACUUUACCCAAUAAAAAUAAUUUCAAUA